AUGGUGGAUAUUAUUUUUCCUUCCCCUUUUGGAGGCGCGAUGGGGGAUCACGCCAAAAAGAAAGCCGGGACCGCCACGUGCGUGGGCUGCGGGAGCGAAAUCCACGACCAGUACAUCCUGAAGGUCUCGCCCGACCUGGAGUGGCACGCGGCCUGUCUGAAGUGCGCGGACUGCAGCCAAUACCUGGACGAGACCUGCACCUGCUUCGUGCGCGACGGGAAGACCUACUGUAAAAGAGAUUACAUCAGGCUCUUCGGCACCAAGUGCGCCAGGUGCGCGGGCGGCUUCAGCAGCAGCGACCUGGUCAUGCGCGCCCGCGGCCACGUCUACCACCUGGAGUGCUUCCGAUGCGCCGUCUGCAGCCGCCAGCUCCUGCCCGGGGACGAGUUCUCGCUGCGCGACCGCGAGCUGCUCUGCCGCGCCGACCACCGCCUCCUGCUGGAGGGCGCCUCCUCGGCCGAGAGCCCCCCGCGCAGCCCCGGACAGCUGCAGGGCGCCCGGCCGGGCCCGCUCCCGCUGCCAGACGCGGUGCCCGGGCGGCAGCCCUCGCUGCGUUCCCACGUGCACAAGCAGGCGGAGAAGACGACCCGGGUGCGGACGGUGCUGAACGAGAAGCAGCUUCACACGCUGCGCACCUGCUACGCGGCCAACCCGCGGCCGGACGCGCUGAUGAAGGAGCAGCUGGUGGAGAUGACCGGGCUGAGCCCACGCGUGAUCCGCGUCUGGUUCCAGAACAAGCGCUGCAAAGACAAGAAAAAGUCCAUCCUCAUGAAACAGCUGCAGCAGCAGCAGCACAGCGACAAGGCAAGUUUGCAGGGCUUAACUGGGACGCCCUUGGUUGCUGGCAGCCCCAUCCGCCACGACAGCGCCGUGCAAGGCAGCGCGGUAGAGGUGCAGACGUACCAGCCCCCCUGGAAAGCUCUCAGCAAUUUUGCUCUGCAGAGCGACUUGGAUCAGCCUGCCUUCCAGCAACUGCUCUCCAUUUCUGAAUCCGGCUCCUUAGGCAACUCAUCGGGCAGCGACGUCACCUCUUUAUCGUCCCAGCUCCCCGAUACCCCCAACAGCAUGGUUCCUAGUCCAGUGGAAACGUGA